CAUCGGCGAACAAGCGAAUCUGGUCGAAUUCAGAUUGACAUACUUUUCAGUCUACAUAAAUCCGUGCAGAACUUCGACCGAAUUCGUUGACCGUGUUCUUUGACGUGAUUCACGGUUCAAAGUUGGUUCCUUGCACGGCACCACGGAGAUUUUACCACCAGAUAGACGGAUAUCUCCGUGAAUGGAGAUCACUCGGAUAGUAACCUGGCUUUGCAAACAAAGUCAAAUGGAGAAAUCCUGUUUUUCUGAAUUGGAGAAGAUCAAGUGUUGUUAGAUAUGCAAACGUUUUAAUCAUUAUGAGAUUAUACCAACUUCUGCGGAGACAAAGGUCAUUUCUGCCUUUAAAGAAAGUGCGAUACAUCAUCUUGGUUUUAUUAUGGAUCCAGCUUGUUGGUAUCGGUCUCAUCUCGUUGAGCGUGCAACAAUCCAAGGAAGCCCGAGAUAUGAUCACCGAAAAUUUUGUCGCUCCACUUUUGGAUCAUUUUGAGAAAACAAAUUUCAAGGCCAAUUCAUCGUUCGACAAACAGCGACCAUUUAAGCUCGUCGAUGAUGCUUCCACAAAAUGGAAAUUUUUCAAUUUCAAUCUAAACAAUUGGGAAGAGGACCAGGCCUUGCAAUUGAAGGAGACAUUUUCCGAUCCUUAUUUCAUACGUCUUGACAACGGAAAACAAUGUUUUCGACCAGGAACCGACCUUUCCGUCCUAACAAACGCCACUUUCUUCUCUGAACUAAGCCCCUUUGGUUCCAGUAAACCAAAGUGUCCAUGCCUCAAGGGCUAUUUCGGAAAGGAUUGCGGUAUCCCCGAAGCAGCGUGGUUUGGCCAUUUCAAAGAUCACCCCAAAGCCAGAAGUGCUUUGCGACCUCGCUCGCGGCCCCGAAGAAUUAUUCAUGGCGUGCCAGUGAAUCAUGAAUUUGACUUCCUCGAGGCUAGGAUCCGCUCUUUGUCCGAGGUGGUGGAUGUGUUUGUGAUUCAAGAAUCCAACUUCACCACUUUUGGCGCGUUCAAGGAGGUCGCGUUUUUACACAAGCUUCAGCAAGGGUGGCUGCGAGAGUUUCAGGAAAAGGUCAUCUACUCGUAUCUUCCGUAUUUUAGAGAGAAAGGCAGGGAAAGUGGAUGGUAUGCGGAUGCGUUUAUUCGUAUGUAUUUGAGCAAGAAAGCCUUGCCUAUGAUCAAGGGUAAACGAGACGAUGACCUAUUCUUGCUCUUGGAUGCUGAUGAGUUGCCCAAUCCCGAAAUUCUUCUCUUCUUAAAGCUGUAUGACGGAUAUACUGAACCCAUAAAGUUCGGUUUGCGGUGGAAUGUGUUCGGUUUCUAUUGGCUCAAAUCCGAAGAUCCCAGUUUCCUGGACAGACUCUGGCCCAACAUGCGGGCUAAAAGUGAACGGUUGCUUGUUCUUACUGUGAUUUGCACAUUGGGCAUGAUGAAAGAAGUCUUCAAGGACAACGCUAUGCUCCUACGUCGAAAUGUCUAUGAGGAACCUGAAUUGGCGGCCAGGCAAAAAAAAUACGCACAAUCGAGUCAUGGGGUCCGAGAAUGGACGGCGGGAACUGUUGGUCAUUAUGCGGGCUUUCAUUGCUCGUGGUGUUACUCCCCCGAGGGGAUUCGAACCAAGUUAUUGUCAGCUCAGAAACACGAUAGCCCUCGGUGGGGGGAUUAUCCGGAAAAGACAAAUGUGACAUAUAUUGCCGGCUUAAUCAGGUCUGGUGCGUGGUUUGACGGGACAAAAACAUUCAUUUCGGUCCCCGAAAACAAAACAGAUGAACAUUAUGCGCCAAAAUACAUCUUGGAUCAUUCCGAUACUUUUCACAAUUUACUGGAGAGACCCAAAAGUGAAUAGAGACUCAGAGAAUAAAAGACUUACUCAUAUGCGGGUCAAGACAAGAAAAUCGAGGACAGUUCGAGCUCUUUAUUUCCCAAUGAACCGAAAUUCAUUCAGUAACCAAUUGAGCCUUGAAGGUCAAACAUUGGUAAUGACAUUGAAUCUUGGACUGCGCUGAUAACAGUCUUUGACUUCAGAUUGAAUGUGGAUCUGAUAUAUUCGAUGUCUCAAGAUUCAUAUUGCUGUGACUAAUAAAAGCACGGAAGACAGUUUCUUCUCAACAAAGUACGUUUUCUGAGAUGUACAUUCAGAUAUCCUCGCAAAUAUUUCGUGGUUCGGCAGAUAUUACGUUUAUCAGAAUGUUUGUUUGCAACCUUCAUAAGGAAUUACAUCGUUCGUGAUAUGUUAAAAAAUGCAAAAAAAUACCGAUUAAUUGCACCAAGCUUCACCCUUAUUGAUACCGGUAAGACUUUGCGCAAUCUCUGGGUAAAUUGCAUCCAUAUGAAUUGUGUGAUGUGCACAUUUAGGUCUCUCAUAAUUGAUGGAAAAUGCUCUGGAAUUGAAUAGUAACAAUGUGAGAUUACUUGCCCCCUUUCAUUCU